AGAUUAUUAUGAAGAUUUUGAUAUUCAUUUUAAACAAGAUGAUGAUGACGACGACGACGAAGAAAACUUUGAAGUUAAUGAAAAUGUUCAAGAAGAAGAAGAAGAAGUUUUAUCACAAAAAUUAAUUGAAUUAUCAACGGAAGGUCAAAAACGUCCAUUAACUACACCAACAUCAAGUCAAGAAGAAAACUCAAGAAAAAAGCGAAUUUGUUUAACUACAGAUGUUGAUGUAAAACAACCAUCGAAUCAAAUAACAUCCUAUUUAGAAACCAUGGAUGAAAUGUUCCAUCAUACUAUGGUCAAUUUAAUGAUACCACGGAGUGAUUUACAAGCUAUUAUCAAAUAUAAACAUCAGAUGAAAGUAAUU